UUUUAACGACGACACAAUAACUCAUCUUUCGGAAAAAUGUUACCCACAAAGUUUGUCGUCCAGCCGUCGGAGUCUCUAAAAUGCCCCAUUUGCAGGGAACUUUUCAAAGAUCCGGUUAUUUCAACUCAAUGCGGACAUACGUUUUGCAGAAAUUGCAUUCGAAAUGGAGUUUCUCUUACCGGAAAUGCGACAACGAAAUGUCCUCUUGAUGGAACAAUUUUACAACGAACUCACUUAGUGUCGAACUUAGCAGUACGAGGCCAGAUAGAAGACUUGUUGAUACACUGUAGGCACGGUUUAACACGAUCUGAUUCGGAAGAAGACUUUGAUAUAGACAGUAGUGGUUGUCAAGAGAGAAUUUCAUUUGGUCGACGGCGAGAACAUGAAGAUCUCUGCGGAUUCGCUUUGGUCCCUUGUCCAAACAGCUCAAAUCAAUGCGGAAAGUUUCGUCGUAAAUGCUUGGAGGAACACUUGAAAGUUUGUGCUCAGUACCGCUGUCAGUAUAGUGUCAAGGGUAUGUAAUUUGGUCGGUCUUGUCAGUUAUACUCUGAAUAUAUUUUGGGAAAAACUUGAAAAAUUAAAAUUUAAUUCAGUUUGUCGUUUCCCUGUCAUUAGAUUCGCAGUUCAUCAUAAUUUAGUAGGUAAUUAAAAAAACAUGGAAUGUGUUAUGCAUAAUUUUAACAGAUUGCGUACUUUAAGGUCCUCUAUCAAUAUCAGAAAGGCAGUUAACUGUCUUUUUCUCAUGAUAGCCUACUGGGCCCUGGCCAAGAAAUUGUAAUUUAGGUAAUUUGGUUUUAUAGGCUAGAGCAGCAACUUGCACCUUUCAGAUUACACUUUGGAAAUGUGAGUUUGUACAGUUUCAAUGUAGUCGUCUGUAAUGAUAUUAUAACUCCUCCAAGGUUGUGAACAUGUUGGAACUAAACAGAAUGUGGAAGAACAUGCAGAAGAAUGUAAAUUUAAACACAGCUCAGACCUGAUUAAGUGCCAAGCUCUCCAUUCUGAGGUACAGUAUGGCAACUUCAUUUUGUCAACUCAUUAAUGAUUAAAUAUGAAUUCCAUCCCUUUGGUGAUCUUUAUUCAAACCUUUAUUAGAAAUUUUUACAAUCCUACAACAAGGAGCCAUCAUGUGAGACAAAAUAUCCUACUUUAAGAACUGGUAAAAAUGCUGUUUACAUCAAAUUCAGAAAUGAUGCUAACUACUGAAAUAUUUAAAUGAUGCCAUUUUGAAUUUCUCACUGGAAUCAAUGCCAACAAUUUUAUGUGGUAAUGAGCUCCAGUUGUUGACAGUUCUGUAAAGAGGGGGGCAUUGGGGCCUACUAGAAACCCCAAAAACUGUAGAGAAAAAUUCAAUCCAAAACCAGAAAACUGAAAAAAAAAUCUGAUCAAAACCGAAAACUGCAUAUUAAACCAUCAAAACUGAUACAUUUUCACAUCCUAGUUAAAUCAUCCUGAUCAAUCUGAUACAGUGGUGACAAGUGGAGCAUACAGAGUAAACUACACUAAUUUCAUUACAGUAUUUGUGAAUACCAUGGACUUAGCAUUCAUAUAUUCUAGUACCUGCUUAAAUUAUAUGGUCUAUUUUAGCUGCUCUCUUGAGGUCUCUGCGGACUCAGCGGCUGGUAAUGGAGCCCAGUUAAAUUAGAGAAAUUUGCACCAAAGUCUUCUAGAGUCCUCUAUGGGAUUGCAAUUUUUACUUUGCAUCUAACCUUGUUUUUCUUUCUGAAAUUCUUGCUGUCUUUCCCCUCUUCAUAAAAAAAAAGUGACCUUCUUCCCUUGCUAGCACGUUUGGCAGGUAGGAAGACAUGGUUCGCAAACUGAUCAACCUUGAACUAAGUGCUCCACAUUGCAAGGUCAAAGUCUUGGCCAUCAUUCAAGAUGCAUGAACCCCUAGGGAUGGUCAGAGUCUUGGGUGUUAUUCAAGAUGCUUGAACCCCCUUAGGGAUCCCUGGGAUAUUUCACGCAUUUUUCUCAACAUUUGCAUUUAGCAAGAUCAGUGGAGGUGCAUAAUUGCCACUCAGAUCAAAGAGAAACUGGUACCUAAAUUGGUCAAAUAGGAAAAAUGGAAACCGUAUCAGAUAUCAAAUCCGAAAACCCAUUAUUUUCGUAAAAACCAAAUACUAAAAAAUGGAAAAUCCAUAAACUGUGACAAACACCAAAGCUGAAAAACCAAAGAUUUUUGACACAAAAAUGGAAAAAACGAUCUAAAAAAAUAGCAAAAACCUCAAAAUGGAAAAUCCCAAUGCCCCCCUCUACAAAGGCAAAUAUGCGAAAUGAAUCAUUUGCUAUUCUGAAUGGUGAUGUUGUGGUCUAAUUGUGAGAGUGAAAUGUUUCAGUCCUAAAGAAGACUUUUCCAUGACAGUGACUGCCGUUUUUACCACAUGAGUGGAAGGAAACAUGUAACUCUGACAAUUAGAACACAUCUUGUUCAGAUUUUACUACCCUGACUGGGUUUAAGCAAUUUAUUGUUUACUUUAAAUGUUGUACCCACCAGGUGGAUGUGUUAUAGGGAAUAUUUGACUGAUAUACGUUUCUAGAAAUUCAAAACUUUUUUUAUCAAAGAUUUGUUUUGCCAUCAAAUUACAUUUACUUUGUUCAAGUGGAUUUGCUUCUUUUUGAGGAAGUUCCCUACAACUGUGCAUUGUAUUUCAGAUUGUGAUUUUAAUAGUCUUGAUACAUAAACACAAUAAAACUAAGUUUCUAAUUGUAAACAGAAUGAUAACUUGUCCUGUUAUUAGUCUGAAAGUAGCACAAAGGGUGACCCUGAUGUUUUGAUGCAGUGUUAUGAUCAAGAAUGAUGAGUGUGCCUAAUUAAAUUUGUUGCAGUAUCAAUCAUCUAAUCUUUGUUGCACUGAUUUCAGUCCUCUGAAGAACUAAGAUCAUCAAUAAAGGUCCUUUCAGAUAGAGUGUCAUGGCUAGAGAGCCAUCAGGAUGCUUUAGUGACACAAGUUGAACAAUGCAAUAGGUUGGUAAAUUAGAAGAGCAAUUAUCAUGGUUAUUAUUUUUCCUGUUCAGCAUUUAAUUUAUGGUGGUAGUAGUUUACAAAAAGUUAAAAAAUAAUGACCAUAAAAAAUUAAAAGGGGGGAGGUGUGGUGAGAAAGCUUUAUCCAUUGAAAGUUAUUAUGGAAUUGAGUCUCUAUAAUUUUUCCAGUUUUGUCAUUGGUAUCUCCAUGCAGAUUCACAGCAAAUACCACCUCUAACCUCAUAAGUUACUCACAGUCUAAAUGACUUAAGCAUAGAAAGUCAUGUAUCCGAGUGAUGUGUUCAAGUAUGAUAAAAUCAUUCUCUUUGUUUUCUAUCAGUGCUGUUUCCAGAUUGUCAGAAACAGUAGAAGACCUAGCAUUUCAAGUGGAACAACUUUCAGUUAUUCUGAAGCGAUCAUCACUUUAUCGUGAAACAUCAAUUACCUCCAUCCCUGAAACAAUCAACAGUUCUCAGAGUACAAGCCCUGAUGAUACCACUUCAUAUUCUCAUGCACAUAAAUCACUCGUCAGACUCAAGACAUCACCAGCAGCACACCAAGAUGUUUGGGGCAUACCUUGCGUCUUCAAGUGUAUUGGCACCUUGAGGUGUUUUACAGUAAUUUUUAGUCACUGAUAAAGUUGUCUGUGAACAGUGAAUUGUUUCAACUUGGAGUAAUGUUUGAUCAUGUAGAGUGAUUGUCUGUCUGGAUCCCCCAAUUGAGAUUUUUCUUUAUUCUCAUUACCUUUUUGCUUGAUUUUGUAUUGUUAUUGUAAGGAGAAAUUCUGUCAUGGUUUGAGAAAAUAGAAAAUUAUUAAUUAUUGAUAAUUAUCUAUGGUGAUAUUCAUGUUUGAUAAGUUUUUUCGCUAAGCUGGGAAAUGUCAACAAGUUUUUAUUACUUUUUUUGACUACAUUGAAAUCCUGGUGUUUGCCAGAAAUUUCCCAGGGGAGCAUAUCUCCAAAUCCCUCUAGUUUCUUGUGCCUUUGGCACUUAUCAUCGCGGCUAUUGCACCACCAUUACACAUAUUCUCAGUUAUGCCUCACCAAGGAAAAAAAUUCCUGAUGCUGCCCUGGUGAAGAGAGUAAUUAUCUAAUGAUUUUUGCAUUUCUCAGUGAAAAAAGUAUCAAAUGUCAGGUUUUGUCAUUACUUUGUUUAAAGAACAAGAAGAUUAUCAGAAAUAAAUUUAUAGGUGUUAAUACUAUCUGUGUGUUUGUUAACUAAUUAGGAGAUGAUAUGAGUAAGUUUAUAUUCUUGAGUAAAAAUUUCAAAUUAGGAAGUAAGGGUUUUUCUAGUUAGGAGGAGGUACUGUGGUGUUGGUUUUGAUUACAUCCUAACUCAAACUUUUUUCAGGGGUCAUCGUGGUACUAUCUGGUCCAUGGUGUCAAAAGGCCAUCGUCUUUUUAGUGCUGGUGGAGAUCAAGUUAUCAAGGUUUGGAACAUGGAGAAUGUGCGGCUAGCAAAAUGUACAGAAGUCCUGGAAGGGCACGCUGAUGAUGUAAGUAAGGAGUGCUUUUUCUAACAAUAUAUUUAUGAUCAUCAACCAUGAACUUGUUGGUGACACCUAGAUCUUGGUUAAAAUUUUAUGGUGAUCAUGCUUUUUUGAUCUGCACCCCUAAAUUUUGGAAAAAUCUUCCAGAGCAUUUAAAAUGUAGUCUAAAUCUUACAUCUUUUAAGAGCAGCCUUAAAACGUAUCUUUUGAAGCUCUAUUUUAAUUUGUAGUUUUGCUCUAGUAUUUUUCUGAUUUAUUUACUAAGUUACUGCUUUAGACAUUUUAUUGUAAAGCACCUUAAAGCUCUAUAAUAGGGUGUUAUAGAAAUUGUUUUAUUAUUGUUAUUAUUAUUAUAUUAUAUGAUUGCACCUGUAAUCACAAUCAGUGGGUAAUGUUACUUUUAUUUGUCUUUGGUUAUGAUCAUGAUGUAUGAUAACUACUGUAAAACUACACUGUAAGUGAAAUACACUGUAAGUGUUUGUUCUGGUCAGGGGAUAAUUCAUUGCUUUCAGGUUGACAGACAGCAAUUAUAUGACUGGUGAAGGAUUAAAUGAAAGUGCUGCCUAAAUAUUAUUUUCUUAGGCUUUAAACUUAUACUGUGUUGAAAUUUUUUUUUUCUUCUCUCUCUUAAGAUUCACACCAUGUGUGUUGGAGGUGGAAAACUAUAUAGUGCAGGAUCUGAUCAGGCAAUUAUUUCAUGGAACUUGGAAAAUUUAACUCUACAUAAAAAAAUAGAGGUUUGUUAUCAUAUAUUGUUACAUAUACCUGAUACUUUUGCAUAUUGGUGAGACUUUUUGUUUUAUUUCUUUUGUAGGUGUGGUGGGUUUUGACUUUAUUCUCUUAUUUUCUAAUUUUUUUUUCAGAAUGCCCAUGACAAUAUUAUAUGUGCUAUUGUUUACAAUGGGCAGUACCUCUUCACAUCUUCACAUUCUUGCAUUAAGGUAGCCCUGUUGAAUCUUAUUAAAUCAUUUGAUUUUAUAAAUUUCUCACUUCUGCUUUUACCUGUAAUGGUCGUUAUUUGAUAAAAUGUCCCAUCUUUAGGUGAAAGACUUCUCUAAUAGAUAAAUUUUUGGCUAUCCAACUGGCCAAUGGAUUCCAUGUUGUUGUGAAACUGUUCAGUAUAAUUAUAAUAGAUGAUUGAUUACAUAAGAUGAGACAAGAACAAAAAAGUUACACAUGAGGCACAGCCAAAAGUGUUAGUAUCAUUGUCAACAUGGAGUCUAUCGAUAUUUGUUUUAUUUACUAAAGAAGCAAAAUGAUGUCAAUAGUGAUGUUGAUCAUGGAUGAUAACCAAUCAAAAUGUACGUAUAAACCAGCUUAUUGUAUAAUCUGAAAAUUUUACAGGUUUGGGAUGCUUCUAGUCUGGAAGAAGUACAUGAGAUGACAGACCUUCAUCACUGGGUCCGAGCGCUGGCUUUGGACGCUAAAAGAGUUAGUUUUUUCUUAUUUUUGUUGCAUAUAGAGCGUAUUUUGACCGAGAGUCUUGAAUACAGAACGGAAGUAAUCACGACAGCCAAUCAGAACAAAGAAAAAUAUUGCAAAAAGCCUAUGAGAACUCAAAGUUAAAACAAGCAAAUUACUUGAAGCAGGGGAAAACGCAGGUAGCCAAAUCGUAAUCCGUUUUGGUUUUGAAUCUGAUUGGUUAAGAAAGUGGGAAAGUCAGUGUGGACCAAUCACAUUAUUACGUGAUAUUUCUUGGUCGGCGUGUUUUAAGAAUUUUUUAGUUCGAUCCGAGUAGUAUAUAAACUAAAGCAUAUUACUUUCUCAAUUCUCAUAACAACUUUGCUUGUCACUGUACUGGAAAUGAGAGGAGACUUUUCAUGCCGAUCAUUCCUUGGUUUCAAGUGUACUUCAAUUUAAGUGAAAAGUUCAGUCUCAAUUGUCAAGUUGAUGUUUUCUGUUUAUGUUUUCAGGAGAAGCUUUACAGUGGAUCUCACAAUGUAGUCCACAUAUGGGAUGCCACAGGCUCGUUUGAUCUCCGAGGAACCAUCGAUCACUCUCUGGGCUCUGUGUAUUCGUUGGCUGUCACUAAGCACUUUAUUCUUGUUGGUGAGUUUCCCACACUCGUUAUGGUGGUAUAUAAUCGUAAUUUUAGUCUUAAGUUCGGACGUGGAAAAUUACCUUCAACGUGAAAAAAAGCAAGAAAAUAUUAAUUUGGCAAUAUAAAAAAAACAAAGAAUGGAAAGAAGGAUUAAAAUAGGGAUGAGAAUUGCAAACGAAAAGAUGUCUAAUUAUACAGUUAUAAAGGAAUCUGUAACUUUUGGGGGAAAGGAAAUGAACCCAGCUCUCCUUUUUUUCUCUCUUCUAGUCCCAGGCUGGUAAUUUACUGAUCAAACUUUGUUCAUGUUAAAGGUCGAUAAUGCAUAAAAUGUUUUUAUUAUGGAAGACAUUACUCCCAGUCAAUAAUUGCCAUUAAAAGCGUAUCUUCUCUGCAUAAACACUACUAUAGUUCCUAGAGGAACCACCGUCCCUUUCACUCUCUCUCUCUUAGGUACGUACAACCAGAACAUUCACGUUUAUGAUGUAAACACCUACCAGUCCAUCAAGGCUCUUGUUGGUCAUAUUGGCACAGUCACGGGACUGGCGCCAGCAGUGACGGGAAAGCUGUUGUUCUCGGCCUCCUAUGACACAACAGUACAGGUACAGUCACGUGGUAUCAUUUCGUUUGUUUAGCUAUAAAGAGAAUGAUUCGCUCUAUUCCUCACUCGUCAGACUUGGGCGCAUGCUCCUAACUGGCAGGAUCAGGAGCUGUCACAUGCCCUCGUGAAAGGAACUCCCUUAAUAACCAGUCUCAACCCACUCACUCCCAAGAUCUGAUUAUUAAUUCUCUCCAUAGCUGCUACUCAAUUACCUCUAAAUUAGUUGUGAGAAUGUGGUGUUGGAGGAAGAUAACAACUUCUACCUGAUAUCUUUGAGUAUUCUCAUUUCCUGUUUGCUGGAUAAUGUAUGAUAUUAUAGGCAGAAAUUACAUGUUAAUCAAUACUUGGAACUAAGGCUAGGUUUAAAAUAUUCUCAGUUCAAGAUUCCUGGAGUUUCGGGGUAAUUUUUGUUUUCUAUCAGGUGUGGAAUCUGGAUACUAUGUUACCAAUGCAAACACUCUCAAGACACGAAGGGAGCGUCAACUGUGUUGUUAUUCAUAAAGAUAUGCUUCUGUCAGGCUCAGAGGAUAUGGAGAUAAAGGUAUGUUCAUUAGUACUAUUAUUUUGAGACUCCGUUUGAGAAGGGGCUCUUCUAUCAGUUACAGGUGAUAUAGAGUUUGCAUACAUCACAGUUGAGAUGUGACUCAAGAAACAUUUUAUAAGCUGUUCGCAUCACUGCUCUGCCUGUAUGCAACGCUGAUCUAUCGCGGGCUACUUCCCAGCAUUUCGUUAGAUCCCUUCGUCAGGUCGCUGGUGACCUCUUACUACAGGCUGGAGAAAUGUGCUAUCAUAGUUUGGUGUAUUGCGAAGAUACAUGUAAACAACCGCAGUAACCACCCCAAACACUCAAGCCACAGUUCAGUCCCUUUCCAGUAAUUCGCAACUGUUUUAAUUUUUCUUUCUCAAGGUGUUCAAGUACUUCAAAGCGGAAUAAACUCUCGACUCGUCUUCAUUGUAGUCACCAUCAUCAGCAACAACAACUGAAACAAACGUAACCCUUCACUGCCAAGAUCUCAUUAAUAAUUUUCCUUACUGUCUGUCGCACAAUUCUUGUGCUGUUAGUUCGGGGAAUUUGAUAUUAGCUCAACUAAUAAUCCCCCAAUUGAAAUUCUUCUCACCUGUCUACCUGAUAUUGUAUCGACAUUGCAAGGAGAAAUUAUGCCUUGGUCAGUCAUGGGAGUCAUAGCGUUCAUAUAACUUGACAAUAUUAUUUUCAUAAUUUAUUGUUGUAACAGUAAGACACAACGUCGCUUUAAACGCGAAAUGAAUUAUUACAGUCCCGUUAGUGCUUGGAAAAUCGAAGAUGAGACCAAAGACGGGAGCUUCCGUCAACACCGUUCACAAUCUUUUGUUUUUGCGUUCAAACAUUCUUGAAAAAAUCAACGGGAAAGUUUCCUGGCCAGUCAUUUUAGAUGGAUUUUGAUAAAAUCGUUAGGACCAAAACAUUUAAAAAAGAAGUAUGUCGGGUUCUUUAACCAGUAUCUUCCAACAACAAAGGUUUUAAUUUUAAUUCAGGCCUGUUUUAACAAAGAGAUUUCGGUGACUAUCAGAAAAGAUGAUGAAAACUGUUCACCGAAAGUUACUCGAUGCGUUUUAUAUGAAUAGCAUCUUUUAUGUUAUUUUUUUAAUAAAUCUGAAUUUUGUG